UUACUAUUGUUAUGCUCAGAUGCAAUGCAACCAUGAAAGAAUUAACACUGAUUUUCCUCCCUUCAGAUGAAUCCAUAAAAAGAGCCCAGCAGAAACGGAAAACUCAUCUGAAGCAGAAGUUUGAGUGCAUAUUUGAAGGUUUACCAAAGCAGGGCCAACACAUCUUCCUAAAUGAGAUCUAUACAGAGCUCUACAUCACAGAGGGGGGAAGUGGUGGGGUCAAUAAUGAACACGAGGUCAGACAGAUUGAGACAGAAUCCAAGGAACAAAUCACACAGGAGACUACAAUCAUCUGCAAUGACAUCUUUAAGCCUUUACCUGGACAAAAGAAACCCAUCAGAACUGUGCUUACAAAGGGCAUCGCUGGCAUUGGGAAAACUGUCUCUGUGCAGAAGUUCAUUCUGGACUGGGCAGAAGGAAAAGCCAAUCAGGAUGUUGAUUUCAUCUUCACUCUUCCUUUCCGAGAUCUGAAUUUGAAGAAGAAAGAAGCAUUCAGUCUAAUGCAACUUCUGCAGCACUACUUUCCACAGCUGAAAGAGAUCAAAAGUGUUGAUGGUGAUGAAGUCAAAGUUUUAUUUAUCUUUGAUGGUCUGGAUGAGUGUCGAUUUCCUCUAAAUUUCCAAAGCAAUGAGGACUGCUGUGACGUAACAAAGUCAUCAUCAGUGGAUGUGCUGCUGACCAACCUCAUUAAGAGGAAUCUGCUUCCCUCUGCUCUCCUCUGGAUCACCUCCCGACCAGCAGCAGCCAAUCAGAUCCCUCCUGAGUGUGUCCACCAGGUGACAGAGGUACGAGGUUUCAAUGACCCACAGAAGGAGAAGUACUUCAGGAAGAGAAUCAAUGAUGAGAACCAGGCCAGCAGAAUUAUCUCACACAUAAAGUCAUCCAGGAGUCUCUACAUCAUGUGUCACAUACCAGUCUUCUGCUGGAUUUCUGCUACUGUUCUGGAGACAAUGGGUAAAGCAGAGAAUGGAGAUCUGCCCAAAACUCUGACUGAAAUGUACACACACUUCCUGCUAAUUCAGACAAAUGUAAAGAAUCAAAAGUAUCAUAGCACCAAUGUGACAAACUCAAAGAAGAUGUCAGCAUCAGAUACAGAAAUCAUCCUGAAACUGGGGAAGCUGGCUUUUCAACAGCUGGAAAAGGGUAAUCUGAUAUUCUAUGAAGAGGACCUGAAAAAGAGUGGCAUUGAUGUCAGUGAAGCUUCAGUGUACUCUGGGGUGUGCACAGAGAUAUUUAAGGAGGAGUGUGGGUUGUAUAAGGAGGAGGUCUACUGCUUUGUGCAUCUGAGCAUUCAGGAGUAUCUGGCUGCCUUGUUUGUGUUUCAUUCUUGUGUAAAUGAGAACAGAAAUGCACUCCGAGCAAAAACAUAUCCUAUUGACAGAGUGCAGCUGUCUGAGUUACACAGGAGUGCAGUGGAUCAGGCCUUAGAGAGUAAGAAUGGACACCUGGACCUUUUCCUGCGAUUCCUGCUUGGCCUCUCUCUGGACUCCGUUGAGACUUUCUUAAGACACAAAACAAAUCCCAUUGUUACAUUCUUUAAAAGACUAAGGACAAAGCCAGAAAGCAGAUCAGAGAGCAUUGAGAAAACAGUCCAGUACAUUAAGGAGAAGAUCAGAGAGAAAUCUUCAGCAGAAAAGACCAUCAAUAUGUUCCACUGUCUGAAUGAACUGAAUGACAACUCUCUAGUGGAGGAAAUCCAGAAUUCCCUGAGAUCAGGAAAACUUUCUGAUAAAAAGCUGGAACCAGACCAGUGUUCAGCUCUGGCCUUUGUGUUACUGAUGUCAGAGGAGAUCCUGGAUGAGUUUGACUUGAAGACCUACAACACAUCAGCAGCAGGUCAUCAGAGACUGCUACCAGUAGUCAGGAACUGCAGGAAGGCCAUGUGAGUAUUAUGUCAUUAAUAAUGUAGAUUAUUGACAGUGUAUCUUCACACUUUAUAUUUCUGGUUAGAAUAUAGUGCAAUAAAAUUGCCGGGCAACAGAAAAUUUGGUUAAAAAAAGAUUUAUGAAUCAAGAUGUUUUAACUUGUGCCCUCAUUUAAUGUCUUAUAUCCAGAACAUAAGCAGCAUCAAAUGCAAAACCUCAGCACUUACCAUAUAUUUUAUUUUAUUUACUAUUACUAUUUACUAACUGAAUACAUUUACUAAUUAUUUGCAAUGAUAGCAAUUAUGAAAUAAAUAAGAAGUUAAUUGAUAGGCAAUCUUAUG